AUGGGCGCGUUGGCGUGGGGUCUGGUGCUGUCCACGCGUGCGCGCAAGGAUGUGGAGGUGGCCGACAUCAAGGUCCAGGUGGCUGUGUACGCCUUUGACUGCCUCUACCUCAACGGCCGCUCCCUGCUGCACGCGCCCCUGAGCGAGCGCCGCGCGGCGCUGUACUCGUCCCUCAAGCCGGCGGAGGGCCAGCUGGCGUUCGCCACCGCCAAGAUCAGCCGCGACGUGGAGGAGCUGGCGGCGUUCUUGAACGAGGCGGUGGCCGCCUCCACGGAGGGCCUCAUCGUCAAGACCAUGGACGACGUAUACCAGCCGAGCCGCCGCUCCACCCACUGGCUGAAGCUCAAGAAGGACUACCUUGACGGCUGCGGGGACACCUUUGACGUCGUGCCCAUCGGGGGGUACUACGGCAAGGGCAAGCGCAGUGGGUUGUAUGGCGCGUACCUCUUGGCAGUCUACGACGACGCCACAGAGUCUUACCAGACCAUCUCCAAGCUGGGCACCGGCUUCAGCGAGGAGGUCCUGGCUGAGCUGGACGCCACCCUACGGCCCCACGCACUCGACGCGCCGCGGCCAUACUACCAGUACGGCGAGGGCGGCGCGCCCGACGUUUGGUUUGACCCCGUUGCGGUGUGGGAGGUCAAGGCGGCCGACCUGAGCGUGAGCCCGGUGCACCAGGCGGCGCGGGGGCUGGUGGAGCCGGGGAAGGGCAUCUCUAUCAGGUUCCCGCGUCUGCUGCGCGUCCGGACCGACAAGGGCCCAGAGGACGCCACAACCGCCGCCCAGGUGGCCGACAUGUACCGCGCGCAGGCCGUGGUGGCCGCCAACCGCAAGGACGCGGCCGAAGACGACGACGCGUGA